AUGAAUUAGACAUAGUUAUCAUUUAGAAUACAUAAUUAUCCUGGUAAAAGAGUACUUAAUUAUACAUUUCUUAAAGAAUUAGGAAAAGGAGCAUUUGGUUAAGUCUAAUAUUUAUAUUAUCUAAAAGGUCUUCUCAGCUAAAGUAGAUAAUACAACAGAUUUAGUUGCUAUUAAAUGUGUUCCAAAGUCUAAACUAACUGAACAUAGAGGAAUUGUUGGAUAAUUAUUAGAUAGUGAAAUUGAAGUUUUAAGAUAAAUUAAUAGUGAACAUGUUAUCAAGUUCAUUGAAUUCUUUCAAUCUGAAAAUCAAUGCUAUAUUGUAUUAGAAUUUUGCAAUUGUAAAUUUUUAAUUCUAUUAAAUAGCUGGUGAUUUUGAAUAAUUAUGGACUAAAAGAGGAAAAAAAAUACCUGAAAAUGAAGUUAUUGCUUAUAUGAAAUAAGUUCUUGCUGGAAUGUAAGCAUUACAUGAAAAAAACAUUUUACACAGAGAUUUAAAAUUACCUAAUAUUUUAAUUCAUAAUUCUACUCUAAAAAUUGCUGAUCUUGGUUUUUGCAAAUAAUUAAAAGAUUAGAAUCAACAUGAAAACUUAUUUCUAGGCUCUUUAGGUAAUAUGGCACCUGAAAUUGUUGAAUAAAAACCAUAUGGAAUGUCUGCUGAUAUGUUUUCUAUUGGAAGUAUGUUUUAUUAGUUACUUUUUGGAUCAUUUCCAUUUACUAAUAUAAAUGAAAAAGCAUUCCUUUAAGAUAUCAAAACAAGUAUAUUUUUUUAUAUUAUUAAUAAGACAAACCUGAUUUCAGAAAAAAUGGUGUUUCUAUUUCUACUUAAUUAUAAUUACUAUUAUCUAAAAUGUUAUUAAAAGAUCCAAAAGAUAGAUUAAAAUGGUCUGAAUUAUAUUCACAUCCAUUAAUGAAAUAAAAAGAGAUGAGUAUAAAUUCUUUUUUUAUUUAGGAUAUUAAUAGUUAUCUCUCAAUCUUCUAUAGGCAGAAUAAAUUAAUCUUGAAAAAAUUGGAAAAUUCUAUUAGAAUAAAGGUUAAUUUGAAAAUUAUGAAAAUUCAAAUGAUUUUAUUCAAUAGCUAAAUGGUUUAAAAUAAUAGUAAAUACUGAAAAAAGAUAAACCAGUCGAUAUAGUUGAAACAGAACUUUAAUCUGAUCUCUAAUAUGAAUAAUUUAAAUAAUAAAUCUCAGAAACUGAAAAAUAAAUAGAAGAUUAGAAAAAAGUUGAAUAACUUAUUGAAAAAUAUAUGAGAUUAAGGGAUUAAAUUGUUUAUUUAUCAAGAACAUUAAAUGAAGUAAAUUCAUUAAUCUCUGAAGAGUAUUCAGCCUUUCCAUUUUUAUUACUUAUUAAAAAGAUAUUCAAAUUAAAUAACUCAUUAACUAAAGCUUUAUUAGAAAAACAAAAUAUUUUUUAAAGUGCAGAUCUUUUAGAUAAAUUAUAUAAUCAUCCUCAUUUUUAAAAAUUUAUAUCAUAAAUGUUAGAUGACUAAUAAUGUUAUGAAAGCCUCCUAUAAUAUGCAUUAAGUCCAUUACAAGAAAGUAGAUCUUUGAAAAAAUAAAUGCAAGAUUAUAAUUGGCAAAAAGAAAUAACAGUUGAAUAUUCUGAUCAAUUUAACAAAAAUUUUAAAGAAGUUUUGAAUGAUUUCAUUAUUAGAACUUUAUCAGAAAUGAAAGAAAAAGAGAAGGAUCCUAAAAUAAUUGAAAAAUAUAUUGAAUUAUAAAUACAUUUAAUAGAUUGUUGUUGCUAUGAAAUUGUUUAUUAAAAUGAUUAAGUAAAUUUUAUUUUAAUUUAAUAGACAAUUAAUAUAAUGGAGUAAUUCGAUGCAUUAUAUGAGAAACCUCUUAAAGUAAAAAAUGAUAUAUUUUCAGACAAAGUGUAGUUAUUAUUUUUAUGA